AUGUUGCAGUCAGAAGUAUACCUAUACAUACACACGACACGGCGCCAGCUUUCUCCCUUGGCACACAUCUGUUUUCCUGUCGCGCACAUCCAACUCCGCCCAUCAUGCCCAUGUACGACGAGCACGGCCCAAACUUGCACAUGGCACGUCGAGAUUGACCACAUACACAGGCUCAAAGAACCAUGGAAGAAGUACCCCAAAUUCCAGCCUCUUGACCUGCCCAACCGCCAGUGGCCCUCCAAGACCAUCGACAAGGCUCCGCGAUGGCUCUCGACCGAUCUCCGCGACGGCAACCAGAGCUUGGUCGACCCCAUGGACGGCGAGCAGAAAUGGCGCUACUUCCAGAUGCUCGUCAAGCUUGGCUACAAGGAGAUCGAGGUCUCGUUCCCCUCGGCCUCCGACACCGACUUUGAAUUCACUCGCCGUCUCGUCACCACCCCCGGUGUCGUGCCCGACGACGUCGCCCUCCAGGUCCUCUCGCCAUGCCGCAAGGAGCUCAUCCGCCGCACCGUCGACUCGCUCAAGGGUGCCAAANAGGCCAUCCUCCAUCUGUACCUGGCCACCAGCCCCUGCUUCCAGCGCAUCGUCUUCAACAUGGACAACCAACAGUCCAAGGCUCUCGCCGUCGAGUGCACAAAAUACGCCCGCAGCAUCACCAAGGACGACCCUGAGCAGAAGGACACCGAGUGGUCCUACGAAUUCUCGCCCGAGACCUUCUCCGACUCGAACCCUGACUUUGUCCUCGACGUCUGCGAGGCCGUCAAGGCUGCUUGGGAGCCGACCGAGGAGAAGCCCAUCAUCUUCAACUUGCCCGCCACCGUCGAGAUGUCCACCCCCAACGUCUACGCCGACCAGAUCGAAUACUUCUGCCGCAACAUUUCCGAGCGCGAGAAGAUCUGCGUCUCUCUCCACCCUCACAACGACAGAGGCUGCGCCGUCGCCGCCGCCGAGCUUGCUCAAAUGGCAGGCGCCGACCGUGUCGAGGGCACUCUUUUCGGCAACGGCGAGAGGACCGGAAACGUCGACCUCGUCACUCUGGCCUUGAAUCUUUACACACAGGGAGUCCCACCCAACAUCGACUUCAGCGACAUCAACUCGGUCAUUGAUAUCGUCGAGAAGAGCAACAAGAUCCCUGUCCACCCCAGAGCCCCUUAUGGCGGCCAGCUUGUCGUCUGCGCUUUCUCGGGCAGUCACCAGGAUGCUAUCAAGAAGGGCUUCCACUUGCGCAAGCAAAACGGCAACAACGACGAAGAACGCUGGCAAAUCCCCUACCUUCCCCUCGACCCUCAAGAUAUCGGCCGCACUUACGAGGCCAUCAUUCGUGUCAACAGCCAGUCGGGCAAGGGUGGUGUCGCCUGGAUCAUCCAGCGCACCCUCGAGCUCGACAUGCCGCGUGGCCUCCAAGUCGCCUUUAGCAAGAUUGUACAAAAGGAGACGGAUGCCCUGGGUCGCGAGUUGCAGCCGACCGAGAUCAAGAACCUGUUCGUCAAGGCUUACCAUCUCGAGAAGAACCCGCGUUUCCAUCUCAUCGAUUACGAUAUCACCACCGACCGCUCAGUCUCCCCCGCACCGCCUACCGAUGGCAAGACCGCCUCCAACAAGAACCUCAAGCGUCGUUUCAGUGGUGUCAUCGAGGUCGACGGCAAGGAGCACCGCAUCCAGGGUGUUGGAAACGGUGCCCUCUCGUCUCUUGCCAACGCUCUCAAGACCCUCAACAUCCACCUCGACGUGGAUGACUACAAGGAGCACGCCAUCGGUCGUGGUAGCGACGUCAAGGCUGCCACAUAUAUCGAGUGCUCGACCGGCUCGCACAAGGUCUGGGGUGUCGGUAUUCACCAGGAUGUCGUCCAAGCUUCCCUCAUUGCCCUCUUGUCUGCCGCUUCCUCGGUGAGUCAAUAA